GUGCUCAGUCAGGCAAUCACCGUAAAAGUCGCACACCAGAACUGGUGCAAAGUUUCGCAGCAACAGCCAGUAGUCGUAGGUAGUCAGUCAGGCAAUCACCGUAAAAGUUUCACCAGAACUGGUGCAAACUUUCGCAGCAAAAGCCAGUAGUCGUACGUGGUCAGUCAGGCAAUCACGGUAAAAGUUUCACACCAGAACUGGUGCAAAGUUUCGCAGCAAAAGCCAGUAAUCGUAAGUAGUCAGUCAGGCAAUCACCGUAAAAGUUUCACACCAGAACUAGUGCAAAGUUUCGCAGCAAAAGCCAGUAGUCGUACAUGGUCAGUCAGGCAAUCACCGUAAAAGUUUUACACCAGAACUGGUGCAAAGUUUCGCAGCAAAAGCCAGUAGUCGUACAUGGUCAGACAGGCAAUCACCGUAAACGUUUCACAUCAGAACUGCUGCAAAGUUUCGUAGCAAAAACCAGUAGUCGUACGUGGUUAGUCAGGCAAUCACGGUAAAAGUUUCACACCAGAACUGGUGCAAAGUUUCGCAGCAAAAGCCAGUAGUCGUACGUGGUCAGUCAGGCAAUUACCGUAAAAGUUUCACACCAGAACUGGUGCAAAGUUUCG